UCAACGAAAGCCUCCAUGACGGAAACCCUCUUCUCCAACUUGACUGAUGAUGUCGUCCUCAACAUCUUCCUCAAGCUUGAGGACGACCCUCGAAACUGGGCUCGACUCGCCUGCGUCUCCACCAAAUUCUCUACCCUAGUUCGCGACGUCUGCUGGAAGAACCAAUGCUUUCAGACUAUCCCUUCCAUAGUCUCCGAUCUCCUCUCCUCCUCUGCCGGCUCAUCAUCCGAUCCUCCCGGAGGAUGGGCUUCUCUCCACAAGCUCUCUAUUUGCUGUCCUGGCCUUCUUCGCGCUGGCGUUCUCUUGGAGAAUUCCGAUUUCGGUCUCGAGCGUGAGCUUGGCCCCGACGAAAAUUACCUUUCUACCGGUAUUGGUUCCACUCGCGUCACCGAACCUUUUCCAACUUCUUCUUCUUCUUCAUUAGUGAGCGCCACCACCGCUCAUCCUGAUUGCUAUUGGUCGCUCUUCGAUGAUCUCUACUUUGACACCGUCUACGAUUUAUCCGAAACGCAGGACAAACCCACAUCAGCGGCACAGAUCGAUGGUGUUGUGAUUAAGGUGGGUCGUGACUAUUCCAUUACCAAGAGGAGGAGGAUGAGUUGCAGGUCAAUCAAGUCUCACUUAGCGUCUGGGGUUUGGAAUUUGAGUCGGGAACAAGGGAACAAACUGCUUGCCAGCCGCUUCAGAGGGGAUUGCCUCUAUAUUUGUGAUUGGCCCGGCUGUGUCCAUACAGAAGAGAAGCGUAAAUAUAUGCUCUUUAGGGGUAUCUUCAAAAAUUUCAAGCGAUCCAGGGUUUGGAGGACGAUUAACGAUGGUAAUCGCCGCAAGAUUGCCUUGGAUUGUGCCUUCUGCUCUUGUAAGGAGACUUGGGAUCUGCAUUCUGCUUUCUGUUUGAGGCGUGUUUUUGGAUACCAUGAUGAUGGUGAACCUGUUGUUCGAGCUUAUGUUUGUGAGAAUGGACAUGUUUCGGGGGCAUGGACGGAUCGACCAAUGUUCAAUUAACAACGUUAAAGUGGUCUUCUUGAUUUGCAGUUAUUCUCAUGAAUUCAUGUGUUCUUUCCUUCCCUUUUGUGUCAGUCAGCAGUGCAGAAUUGGAGAGCAUUUAGUUCAAAGAUGUAUUGGGUAAAAUGUAGUCUUGACCUCUCUGCAACUUUUUUUUUUAAGUUAAUGCUCGUGGUUAUGAUAAAAAUUCAGUGGUUUAUUUAAAUUGGCGCUGCAUUUUAAU